UAUAUAUAACCAAAUAAUACUUAAACCCUCACUUUGGGUUUCUUGCUCUAGGUUUUUCCUCAUUUUAGCUACCUUUAUCAUUGGGAUUUUCGAACCAACUCUCACUUUUUCUCUCUCUUUUUUUAUUUUCUCUUUUAACACUCGAACAAUUAAACUUCACAUGCCCCAACUAGUCCCUACUACUUUCAUCUAACCCUUUCCAAAUAUAAGUUUAAACUAAGUAUUGCUAUAUAUGUAUUGAACAAUUAUUCUUCCCAUAUCUAUACAAUAUCUUUAGUCUUUCACCCUUUAUUUAUAUUUGAAACCUAAUCAUUCAUCACAACAUUAUUGCUUACUCGCUCUAAACGAAUAAGAUCGAUCAUAUAUUAUUCAAACAUAUAGUAGUUAUGGCCGCCACUAUGGAUGCCGCCACCGCUGACGACGCACCACCAUUAAAGCUGUUUGGCUUCAGCAUUUUCGACGACAACGUAGAUCAACAUCACCACAUAAACCAAUCAGACACCGACACCGAUAACAUAAUUACUACUCUCCAACCAGCGAACGACGUCGUUGGCCACCAGAAAUACGAAUGUCAGUACUGUUUCCGCGAGUUCGCCAAUUCCCAAGCCUUGGGAGGUCACCAAAACGCACACAAGAAAGAGAGACAGCUUUUGAAGCGAGCUCAAAUGCAUGCUAACAAUACCAGUUCUACCGCAGCAGCUGCAGCUGCCCGAAAUUAUGCUAUUGCGGCUGCCAUGGCUAAUUCCCAUGCAUCGGGGGGAUUCAUGUCGCCGCCGCCGCCGCCGCCGCCGCCGCCUCAUCUUCUCGGCCUGGCAGCACAGCCUUCUUCCUGGUACUACAUGGCACCACAAUAUGCACCGCCGUUAUCAUCACACAGUGGUGGCGGUAGGGCCUAUCUUUCGAGAGCGAAUUCCAUGCCGGGAAGGCGCGUCUACGAGGGGGAGGAUAAUGCGUUCAGAGCAUUGUCGGACGGCGUCAUAUAUGACAAUUAUCGCGUUUCGCAGGAUUUUGAUAGCGAUCUCGUCAUGAAUGGUGCGGGAACUAGUAUUGGUGGCCAUCAUUUGGACAAGAGCUUGGGAUUGGAUUUGCAUCUGGGUCUUGGACCUGCUGAGCCUUGAUUUCGGGUACUAGUCGUCGUAGUAGCUAUUACUGGAUGUGAGAAAGAAUCAUGAUCUAGUACACUUGGGUAUAAUGGCUUGUUUUUGUUGAUUAGUUUUAUCUUGAUAAGAAGAAGAUUUGUAGCUUCUCUUUUUAAAAUAUCUGCAGGGACUACAUGUAUAUUGUAUGCUCAAUAUGAUUAUUCAAAAUUUCCAACUUAAUAAUUAUCUUUGUAAUUAUAUGUAUCAUUUAUUAUAUUUUCAUGAGAAAACAUUUACAUAAA